AUGAAAUAAAACCAUACCACAAACAAAAAUAAACACAAGAUCUUUUAAUUAAAUAAAAAUAAAAAAGGUGAAGUAAAAAACAUUUGGUCCUCCAGAGCCGGAUCAUAAAGUGAAGUUUUUUAAAUAUUAAAAACAAAUUAUUAAGUGGACAGACACAGUGAAGUGAAACAAAAAAAAAAGUGCAUAAUAACAUAUAAAUAAAUAAAUUAAAUAAUAAACAAACUAGAUCAAAAAGUGACGUUGAAAAAAAAAGUACAACCAAAAGAAAAAGUGGAAAAAAUAGAAAGUACACUGUGCUACAAAAAAGUGACAUUAAACAAACAAAUAUAUAUUUUUACAAAUUUACUACAAAAAAGGGACAACACACAGUGCUACAAAACAAACAGAAAAUACACAGUGCUACAAAAGUGACAUUAAACAGUGAUACAAAGUCACAUUACAAGGUGCUACAGAACUAAAAGAAAUUACACAGUGCUACAAAAAUAAACAAAAAUUAAUUAAUUUUUUUAUUUUUUUGAAAAAAAGGGGGUCUACACAAAAGACAAAAUACUAAAAUAAAAAGUGUAACAAGAAGUGACAGUACACAAUACCACAAAAAAAGAGAUAGUAUACAGAGAUAUAAUAUCUAAAUAUAAAAUCCAGAAGUAGUCAAAAUUGUGGAAGCUGCCGGAAGACUACGAAGGACUUUGGCAAUACAACAACAACAACAAUAGAAACACUACAACAACAAAUUUUUGAGACCCAAAGGCUAAAUCAAAAUAUGGCUGCCUACUUGCCCAAUCAAGACUGCCGUUUAGAUGAUCGCAGCCGCAGUCCCAACCAAUCCGCACGUCCAACAGCGAGAAGUUCUAGCAGACCCAGACGCCCAACCGAACCCAUUCCCAGCAGACCGGCUCAUAGACACCGCAGACUUCCCAGUUCCACAUCGCCAGAAAGACGUCAACGAAGCCGCUCCGCUGAAAGAUCCCGCCAACGCCAAGAACGACCCAGCUAUUGGCAAUAUUCCUGUGGGUUGUGUCAGGAGGACCAUGCCCUCAGUGCUUGCGAGAGGUUUCGCCACCAGACCCCCUUCCAGCGCUGUGAGACUGUGGAGCGUAGGGGGUACUGCAGAAAUUGCCUUGCCAGAAGUCAUUUGGCCCCUGACUGUCCGUCGUUCACUGGUUGCAGGAGGUGCAACAAUCGGCAUCAUACGCUGCUACACGGGGCGUCUCAGCUGGAGGAAGUAUCUCUAAACGUGGAAGUUGUAACAACACCAAACUUUGCGUGGGAUUUGGUAUUUGUGCCAACGGCUAUGGUGCGCAUCAAAGCUGACAAAAUAGAGGGGUACACCAUGAUAAGGGCAUUAAUCAGCCAAUCAGCGACGAUGUCCAAAAUAUCGUAUGCGGCUUUCCGUAGAUUGGGCCUACAAUCGCGGAUUUACAAAGGGCAGCGAUGUACCACCUUUACGGUUUCGCCCCGCCGCACAAACAGCCACUGGAGUCUUAGAGUUAAUGCCUUGAUAAUCGAAGAUUUGCCCAGGCGCAUUUACUCGGACCCAAUCCUCGAGGACCCCACAAGAAGUUUCAGAAAUUGCGCCCUAACCGACCCUGAUCCCCGAGGCAACAAUCCCGUCGAUGUGGAACUGGGUGCUGACGUUUACUCAGCCAUAAGAAAAGACGAGUGCAAGGAGGCUGGAAUUGGAGAUGUCCUGGCCUAUGAUACCCAACUGGGUUACGUGUUUGCAGGUCCAAUAAAAAAUAUGCCAAAAAUAUAAAUAAUAAUAUUGUAUUUUAAAAAAUGAAUGUAAACACUUGUCAUUCGGGGGCCAGAAAUUUUCAUAAAAGAUGCUAGUUUUUUCCGCAACAGUGUUGUUUGUUACGUUACCGGUGGCUGCAUAAAUAACAUCAUAAAAAAAUGAUGUACAUAUACACACACACAUGCACAUAUAUGCAGCCACCGGUAAAUUUCAAUGCUGAAUUCAAAUAAAUAAGCAUCGUCACCAGCCAAAACAGGUUUGCUGUGACGAUGCAAAUUGGAGUUAGAGCAGUUCAAGAUCGAAUUUAAAAGCGCGUACGCAAGUUUCCUCCCCGAAGUGAACAGUGCCCAAAAACAAAAAAAACCCAAAGUGUUAACAAAAAACCAUCAUAACAAAAAACAUAAAACAUUGUACAAAAAACUACAAAUAAACAGAAAAAUUUUGUGCACACAAACAUUGUACAAAAAAAGGGUAAAAAUUAAUUUAACAAAAAAACCCUAAAACUAAACAAAAAAGUGAAAACUAAGCAAAUUGAAUUAAAAAAAAAAUGAAAUAAAACCCUACCACAAACAAAAAUAAACACAAGAUCUUUUAAUUAAAUAAAAAUAAAAAAGGUGAAGUAAAAAACAGAUAGUCUGAAGAUUUAGUUUUCAAAAUAGAUUCUGGGACGACGGAUCACAUGUGUAAACAUGAUUGGUGUUUCAAUAAGUUCCAAAAUUUGAAUGAACUCAUUACCAUAAAUGUUGCGAAAGACACUGAAAAUCCUUUAGCUUACAAGAAAGGUGCAAUCACAGGAUAUUGGGAAG